AUUAGUUCGGAAGGCGAAGAAGCUGCCGACCAAUAGCUUUAAAACGAGCACGUUUUUGUGGUUAUUCGUUCGUUACUCGUGAAAUGUAUCUUAUUCCUAUUUCCUUGUUUACCUGUUAGUGUUUAAUUAGUUUAAUAAAAAUCGUUUAAUCAUGUCCUGUCCUUUACCCGAAACUUUAAGCCCAGGAAUCCCUGAGUUAACACCAACAACAACAAAUCUUUUUCAGUCGCCUCCGAAUUAUUGGGGGCGAUUACUUUCCACGAUUAGGACAAUUUCUAAUUUCGAUUUAGAGAAGCCAACAUUUACUUUGGGCCGUAACCCGAAUACUUGCAACGUCGUUUUAUCUCAAAAUACAUUUCCUCCCUCCGUUUCUCUCGGGAGUAUAAGCAAAGAACAUUUCCACAUAGAAAUGUGUUCCGAUAGAACAAUCCGUAUCCACGAUAAAAGUCGAAAUGGGACAUUUUUAAACGGAAGAUUAAUAGGCAAAGACAGACAAUGCAUAUUACAAAGCGGGGACCGCAUUGCAAUUUAUAGUAGGAAACUUACAAUUUACAAGUUUAUUUCGUUGCUAAGUUUAAAUGAAGAUUAUUUACCGGAAGGGUUAAAAGAAAAAUAUGAAGUUUCGCAUGUUUUGGGGCAAGGAGCUUGUGGAGUCGUUCGUUUAGUGUUUGAAAAAUACACUUGUCAACCGUACGCGUGCAAACGUAUUCUAAAAAAUACAUCAAAUCGUAACAAAACAUUGAAUCGACCAGAAAACAUCCAGAAAGAAAUUAAUAUUUUAAAGCAGCUGAAUCAUCCCUUUCUUAUUUCUCUGAAAGAAAUCGAAGAAACAUCAAGUGGAUACUUUAUAAUAAUGGAUUAUAUGGAAGGUGGGGAAUUAACUUAUCUAAUUUCACCACAGCGAUUGUCAGAAUCUCAAGUUAAGUACCUUUUUUACCAAAUUGUUGUUGCCGUUCAACACCUCCACAGUAUUAAUAUAAUCCACCGAGAUUUAAAGCCAGAAAAUAUUUUACUUAAAAAAGAAAGUGAUAAAGACGAUAAUAUGAUAAAAAUUUCCGACUUUGGAUUAAGUAAAAUGAUGUUGGAUCAAUCGUUUAUGAAAACGAAAUGUGGAACUCCUUAUUUUAGCGCGCCGGAAAUAUUUAAUCCUUCCGUAACAGCUUACGGGAAAAAAGUUGACGUUUGGAGUUUAGGGGUUAUUUUGUAUUACAUGUUAUCGCAAGAAUUACCGUUUAGAGCACCUAAGUCCGCCGCCAAGAACCAGGCUUUAGCAAAAAUGAUUUUAGCUGGGAAAUUCGCAAUGGCGGAUUCAUUGUGGGGCGAAAUUUCGGAUAACGGGAAGAAUUUAAUUAAAAAUAUGUUGGUUUGCGACGCGACGAAACGAUUUAGCAUUGACGAAGUUGUUGAUCACCCGUGGUUUCAAGACGACAAAAAGUUAAUAAGGAAAAUUAACAAUUUGAUGUAUAAUAAUUACCAAACGGCAUGUGUACAAUCCGAAUCUGAUUUGGAGGAUUACGAGCAACAAUCAAAGCGAAUCAAACUUUCUAAAGAAGUUAUCGAAACUUCAGUUGAUUAAAUGACUGUUGUUUAUAAGUAUUUAUAUUGUGGGGUGAGAAAUGUGAUGAGUAUACUGAUUUAAUGAUAAGAAUACUAGGUAUUGAUGUGACCCCAGUUUAUGUUUUUUUUUGUGAUAUUUGUUAGAUUUGUGUUGUUUAAAACUUUUUUUCUUAUGUAGUAAGUGUUUGUGUUUCAUUUUUUGAUUUAAUGAGUAAAAAUGAACUACUACUAUUACUUUUUUUGACUAUUAUAUAAAAUAUAUCUUUAAAUGAAUAAAUAAAAACUUUAUACUUUAAA